CACAUGAUAACGACACAUUGCCAAGGACGACUCGUCUGGUAUUUUCCCUUUCGUGAUUGGUGUGAUUUGCUGUGAAUGAGGAUGGUUUAAAUCGAGAAGAACUGGGUAUAUUUAUGUCAUGGAUUUUCUAUAAAGACAGUAACCAUAGCGAUGCCACAGCUCCGACCUAAAUCACAAUCACGUGACGUAAAGAUCGCGGUGAUUGGAAAUAACACCGUGGGGAAGACAUCGCUAUCUCUGCGCUUCAUCUAUGGUGAUUUCCAUCCGGGUUACUUCCACACCAGAGGUGGCGAUAUUUAUCUGAAACAAAUCAAAGUCCACGAUCAAACUGUGAAUCUCAAACUUGUAGACACGGCCGGUCACCCGUACCAGAGAAGCCUGAUCGGACCUCUCUACAAGGACGCCGACGGUGUCAUUAUUCUCUAUGACGUCACAAGUGAAAAGAGUUUCAAUGCCCUGGAUGACUGGAUCAUCGCGGCGCAGGAGAACAACUGUCGGGAGGUCGUUCUGGUAGGAAACAAGCUGGACUUGUGCAAGGACAGUAAGAAACAAGAGGAGGUGACGAAUGAGCUCAAAUUGAUAGCAGAUCGUCACAAUCUACGUCACUACCUAGUUAGUGCCAAGACAAAUCUCAACGUGAACCGGCCGUUCAACCGACUCCUUCGUGAGGUUCUACAACGACAGGCUGCUGAACAGGCACGUGCACUAAUUAAAGAUAAAGAAGAGGUGCAUCAGUUACAAACAACAGAAAAACAAGUCUCGGGCUGUUUCGACUGCAUAAUGAGCUGACACCAUUGAACUCCUAUAACUUGUCGUACAUUAUACUCGGUGGUUAAAGAGUGGAAUGUCGGGAUUAAAUCUAACAAAUGUAGUCCUAAUACAUCACUGCCAUGGUCGGAAAUCACCCUAGACUGGAUUAUCUGCUUUAGUGCUAUUUCUGUCCGCGAGACGUCGCUCAUGAGUUGUAUUUCCGAAACGAGGACAAGCGGAGAGUAAAAUACCUACGGCAGAUAAUCCAGUCUGGAAGAAAUUAUUUAUUUAUUUAUUUAUUUUACGACUGCUCUUACGGCCUUAAUGUUCAGCUUAGGAGUCUAGAAGACAUCCAAGCCAUGUUUAUCUAGGGUUCUUUGCCACAUCGAUGUCACGUGCUAUGGCGUAGACUUGGCGCUUUGCAUUCUGGGAGAGAUUAUAGUUAAGUGUCAUUUGAGAAAACUGGAAAAACUGCCUAUUGUAAGUUACAUAACUGGUGGAGACCACGACGAUCUCCGUUAGUGUUGAAGUCCCUUGCUUUAGGAAGUACUGAAAAGUGCAUGCAGGAGGUAUUGAGCAAGUUGGACUGACGUAAAAUCACUUCCCUUGAAUCGCAUCUAGAAAUCUCACUGAUUUAAUUUUCCAUUGUCGGCAUUUUAUGCAUGUUCGCGAGGUACAUACGCUUAUGUAUUAAAUGUAUCCAUUUACAUAAAUGUAAUAAAUUGUACAAUGUUCAUGAUAUAUAGUGUUAGUGUAUAUUAAAUGUAUCUAUGUUCAGGAAAUACAUAUAUCGACAGAUUAAGUCAUUCACAUUUUGACUUCAAACAUGUCCAACUGUCAUUUUUCUAGUCAAGUUAUAUGAUAAAAUGUAUCUUAAAUUCAUUGAUUUGAUAUGGGAUUGUAACAAAAACGAAAACAGACUUUUUUCAUAAACUCUCGUAUUAAAAUAUAUGAAAACAAAGAUUAGAUCCUAUUUAUUUGUAUCCCUGUAUACAUUCGAGAUGCAUCAUAUAAAUUAAUAUCAAUAUGAAAGUUACGCAGAAAUAGAAGUGUUUUCUAGAAAUAGGGUAAACUUGUGUAAUUUAGUAGGAGUUAUUUCCCUUGGUAGCUAAUGUCGAGUCCUAUCGAUAAAGAACCUACUGUAUGUAGGAGACCGACGUACUAAGUACAUUGAUGUGUCAUAUUUACACAUCUAUAAUCGUCGCUAUCUCUCAGACCCCCCUACACUGUGUAUACACCUGGUAUUUAUAUCUGAAGAGGUCGUCACUCCUGUUGAUAACUCGGAAUUCGUACUUAUAAAUAUGUAUUGUUAUGUAACAUUUAGCGCGCUAUCAAUAUUUGUUCAAAAAAUAUUAAACAUUAAAAUGAGUCAUAUAGUCA